UUUGAUCAAUAAUAGUUGAAGCAGGCAUCGGUCCUCCCACGUAUAAUCGUUUCUGUUAUAAUUUGCCGAGUUUAUAUAUUAUUUUUAUACCCAAAAGAAAACGAUUAUAUCAGAAACGAUUACUGUGAACGAUUAGUGUGUAAGGUGAAACGGCCGCAGGUAGAAAAAACAUGAGUGAGGUAAUUGAAUGUCCGCCCAGUAAAAAGGCGAAAAUAGAAAAACCUGUUGUGAAUGAAAAUCAAGAUUUCACUGAAGACACACAGGCCGAUGACGAUCAUUUUGUGAUGGAUGAUAAGUACAAUAACUUUGUGACGCCUGAGGAAUUGCAGAAGUUAAAGGAGUUCAAAAUUCUGGACGAAGUCAAGUCUGACGAUGAGUCAAGUGAUGGCAGCUCGGUCACGUCUGAGGAAAUACCAGAGGAAGAAAUAGAGAAAAUGUUAGAAGAGGAUUUGCCAGAAGAUUUCAAAGGAGUUCCUAAGCCAAAAGAAAAACCAUAUAUUUUAAGGUCCAAAAUCAUUAUGGAAGAAAAAGGAAUAAAUCCCUUCGAAGUUCUACCCCUAGAUUGGAUCUGUGCUCGGCACAUGAGCGGCAUACCCGUUUAUAUGCACCGGCCGAGUCGGGUAGUCACGCUUGCUAAACCAUAUUGUCUUGGGAAGAGUAAUAUUCAGCGGCACGAUAUUCCAAUAAGCGCAAUUCCUUGUCUAGCGUACAGAAGAGCUCUGGAGGAAGAAGAAAAACAGAAAGAAAUAGAUAGAAAAAUACAAGAGCAAAUCGAAAUUGCUAAUGCACAAGCGAAAAAAACGGAAAAGCCCAAAGGAUUGAACAAGUUAAACGAAAGAUUGGCCUUUAAACCCUAUGACAUAUCAAAGAAAACUAUAGAUUUAGUGAAAAAAGAAAACAAUGUUGCUGUAUGUCCGUUUAGAAAUAGUAUGGAAGAAAUUAGUUUAGAAGAUAAUAUCACAGAUACAGAGAAAUUAAAUAAUGACGUUAAUGAUAUUACUGGGGAGGAAAUUACGGAAAUAAGUUGUAACAAAAUUGAUAACAAGAUUCAAAUUAAAAUUCAACCCGUGACAGAAGACUCUAACAGUAAUAAUGAAGAAGCAUUUCAAUUAAAUGAACCACAAGAUAUUAAAUGCAAUACCAAUAUUAAUACAGAGAAUAAUUCAAAUCAGAAAACUGGAGAAACUGAAAAAGCUGAUGACAAUGCGGAAGCAAAUAAAAUUCCUUUAAAUAUACAGCCAGUUAUUCUGCCGGGAGGAGUAGCCAUGCCACCGCCUAGAGUCGAAAAUGUUAAUACUAGUUGGAAAACUCAACAUCUAACGUAUGAACAAAUUAAUGAUUAUUGCAAGAAGUUGUUCCAAUUUAAAACAGUAGAAGUUAUGCAGUUUAAGCGUUGGGCGGACCGUCGGAAAUACACAAAAGCUAGAAAGGCUUUGCAACACCCCACUUUACCAGAAGGAACAAAGCUUAUUACAAUACCAAAUAAUGGACAGGAAAAUGGUGGUAAAGGCAAAAGAGACUGGGUAAUGAAUAUGAAUGGCCGGUGUUAUCUAUCUGUCUUCCAUGAAUAUGUGUAUCGAGCACUACAUAAACAACCUGUGUAUGAGUUUACACAACUAGAAAACGCCUCAAACCCUUACCAAGCUACAGUGUUCAUUGGUGACAUGCGCUAUGGAGUGGGCUACGGGAGCAGCAAGCGUCAAGCCAAAGCGGCUGCUGCGAGGGCUUCCAUACAGAUACUCAUACCGGAGAUGAACGAAGAGAUUGCCGCUCCUAAUUCUAAUGAACCGGACUUUUCUUUCUUCGACUACGUGGGUGUAGAGGACCCCCGUAUUGCCGAGUUCUGCGCGGCCACGUGCGAACCGUCACCGCACGCUAUACUGCGUACCUGCUUGUUGAGGAAUUUCGGUGCUAAUGAUAGACAUAUUAAUGUCAAUGUGAAAAAGCUAGAAUUCCAGAAAAUUCAACUCACCAUGCAGGUUGGGAAACACAGCGCUUCCGUUAUUUGUAAAAAUAAGAAGGCGGCAAAACAACGGGCUUCCCAAGCCAUCCUUCAGUCGCUCCACCCGCACAUUCGAUCAUGGGGUUCCCUCCUACGUCUCUACGGUUCCCGAUCGAUAAAAAGCUGCAAAGAAAAGAAAUUAGAAGAGCAACAAAUAACAUUAUUACAAGAUAAAGCAAGAAGGAACGAACCAAAUUACGCAGUGCUCGAGAAAUUGAGAAAUGAAAUGCUCAAAUUACGAGCAAGGGACGAGGCAGUCGUUCCAAUUGGUACUUUAAUGCUAACAGAAGAUCUGCCAACACAUUCUGGAUCUAAUUUAAAUAAUGUGGACUUGUAGGACACAUUCAAAUUGUUUUUAAGUGUGAAACGUGAAAAAAGUUUGUGAUAAAAAUAUAAUUUAUAAAUUUUUAAAGAAUAGAAAAAUCGCGCUGUGGUCUAUUUUUUAUAUUCAUUAAAAAUUUAUAUUUGUAAACUGAAUAUCAAAUGUAUUUCAUGCUUGAAAAAUGUGAUUAUUGUAAGAAAUUGUAAAAGUGAGUGAGUAUCUGUCUACUGAAUAUUAAUUGUAAGUUUGGAAAUAAUGACGUGCGAACCUUAUGCAAUAAACUCCCACAGAAUAUUAUUAAUUAUAAGGAUUUUAAGAGAAUAAAUAGUAUUAAAAACUCGAUUCAUGUAAUGUAAACUAGUGUUCCUCUAAGAUGAACCGAUCAUCAAAUAUUUGUAUAUUUUCUGUAAAAUUAUUAAAUUAGUAGUUCAGGAUACAUCGCCCAUUUUUGCAAGUGACUACUAUCAAGCU